GUGGUGCGCCCUCCCCCGGGCCGAGGGUGUCGGGAGCGAGCGGCUGGUGCGCGCGCAGGAAGGCUCCCCUCCGGGUACGCAGCUUUCUUUUAAGGCGGUCGCAACACCUCCCGUUUUGCGGAGUUAUGUCGGUGUCUCCCGUGAAGCGGCAGAAGAUGGAGUCGGCGCUGGAGCAGCUGAAGCACCACACUACGGUGGUGGCCGACACCGGGGAUUUCAACGCAAUCGAUGAAUACAAGCCCCUGGAUGCCACCACAAACCCAUCUCUGAUACUGGCUGCUGCUCAGAUGCCUGCAUACCAGAAACUUGUGGAUGAUGCGGUUGCAUAUGGAAAAAAACUUGGGGGGUCAGAAGAUGAGCAAAUCCAAAAUGCUUGUGACAAACUUUUUGUAUUGUUUGGAGCUGAAAUAUUGAAGAGGAUACCUGGCCGUGUGUCCACAGAAGUAGAUGCAAGGUUGGCUCCUUUUCUUCUGGGUUACCCUAGGUCUUGGUACAUACAAGGAGAGACACGAUAGAGUUGAAGAAAUCCAUUCUUGUCUGGACAGCUCAGUGUUACAAGGC